AUGUCAAGGAUCAAUAAGGAUAUAUUUACAUUGUUUGAUAAGCAAGCCAAGGGCUCGAUUGGGAAAGGGCAGUUAGGAGAUUAUUUGAGAGCUAUUGGGUAUAAUCCUACGAACGCAUUGAUCCAUGAGAUAGGGGGUAAGCUUCCCGAGCGGUUAACAUUAGAGGACAUUGGAAGUGUUGAGAAGAGCUACGGGAAGGAGUUGGAGGCUACUACGGAGGGCAAGAUGGAGGAUUUCAUCAAGGCAUUCCAGGUUUUUGAUAAGGAAAACACAGGGAAGGUAACUGUUGGAGAUAUUAGGUAUAUGUUGACGGGUCUUGGGGAGCGGUUGACUGAUGAGGAGGUGGACGAGUUGAUGAAGGGCGUUGAAGUGGACUCUGAGGGGGGGGUGGACUACAAAAAGUUCAUUGAGGACGUUUUAAGACAAUGA